AAUGCAUUCAAUAGACAGUAAUACACGUAAAAAACCAAACAUUUUUGUUUUUGGCGUUCAUUCGAAUCAAAUGAUUAUCUGUUUGUAUGUCAAGUGUUAUCUGUUUUUUAUAUAAGACAUCAAAAACACUAUUAUUUUGCGGCAAAACAUUGCAAUCAAUCAAUUAAUUUGGUUUUUAUUUUAAGAAAAUUUUAUUGUUUUUAUUGUUUUGAUUUGGUCUCAAAAAAGUGUGUUUAAGUGAAACAAUGGAUCAGUUGAAUGACUUGAUUAAAGCUGCCCUCACAGCAAAUACUGAUCAACAGCAUCACACCAUCAAUACAAGACCACUGGAAAUCAUUACCAUCGAUGAUGACGAAGAAAGUAUUGAUGAUUACGAUGACAACCAUAACGACGACGAGGAGGAAGACAAAUACGAAACCGUCGUUGAAAAUGAGAUCGAUGACAUUGAGAUUGUCGAUGAAGUGAUCCACAAAUUACCUGAUAUGCACGCAAUUCGUAAGGAUAUCGGCCGAAGACUUGAUGAGUAUAUAAACGAUACAAAGUCACUGUUGGAUACAUUACCUGAUGAUGGACUUGUAAUGACUAGUCUGUUGGACAGUUGCCAUACAAUUACUGCCGUAGAUAAUGUGGCCACCACUUCCUCAUCGCCUCACGAAUCAGAUUCAAUACCGAACAAAAUAAAGAGGAUUUUGUCGCCGAAAAAGACGAAAAAAGUGAAAGACCCGAACAAAGUUAAAGCCGAUCCCGACGUUUUAGUACAAAGCUAUUUACAAACAUUCAGUCAUCGUAUGAUUGAGUUGAACGGUAGCGGUCAACAAACCGAAGAUUUAGCGGAUAAACUAAAUAUAGUUUUCGAUAAACUUAAACAAAACAACAAUCCGUUUCUUCAGUCAUCACAGUUUGAAAAGUUGGUGACCAUGUUUCGGGACGAAGUCUCCGCUAUGACCAGCGAUUUCCGUGUGAUAGCCCAUCACAACGAUCUGCUCAUCGAAAUGAAUCGAUUAACUCAAGAACCGAAAAAGGCGGCGAAAAAAUCUGCCGUAAAAGAUAAAACUAAAGCUAUCGAGAGAUUGACACUGACGUUGAAGAAGUUGCAGCGACAGAUGGUUGACUCAGAGAAUGAGGUACUCGACUACGAGGCCAUGGGUCAGAGGUCAAAGUUUACUGAUAUACCGAAAUUGGCGCGUCGUAUACAACAAGUCUGGGAGAAACGCGAAGAGUUGCUCAAGAGGUCAACCAAUUGUGGCCGAACGGCAUUCAAGCGUUUCAAAUACGAAGGAACAUCACAUCCAGACAUUAAUAAAUGUGUUGAAGAUAUUUUCAAUACACAUAUGAAGAAAUUAAAAUCAUUGAAAUCCAGAGGCUAUGUGGACGAGUCGUUUACUUUUAUUGAUUUACGCAAACAGAUUCUCGAUGUGAUUCAAGAAAAAAAUCUGUCGAUUAUGAACACAGAGUCGACGGUUGAAAUGAUUUAUAGAGAUUUGUUAAACGAAAAGAGGUCACGACGUAUGCAAGACACGGAAGAGACAAUAGAAACGCUAGAAUUGUUGGACGAUUUGAAACCCGAAACAAUGCCAACCAAUGAUCCGGAAGUUGAGAUCGAAAUUGCAAAAAAUAAAUCGCUUUACGAACGAAAACUUCAGGAUUUGUUUCAAAAAUAUGCCGAAGAAGACAAACGAAAGAAUGGAGACCUUAUAAAAAAUGGAUUAACAGAAUGGGAGAACAAUUUGGAUGAAGACAAUGAAGAAUUUGAAUCAUUGGACGUUAAAGAAGGAGAACUUGAAGCCGAGUCUUCUGAUGACGACGAAGAUAAGGAAGACAAAGAAGAAGAAGAGAAUGAAGAAAUUAAUUUCGGCGAUACAUCGGUCCCUAACUUUGACAAUAGAGAGACUAUUGAAACUGAAAAUAUAACUCUUGACAAUAACAACACUAUUAAUUUGGACAGUAGUCAAAGUAUUGCCAACUGUGCCGAAGAAAUAUCAAUUUGUUAAUCAUUUGAAAUCUCGUUGUCAUUGUAUAUAAGUUAUUAUUAUUAUUAUUAUUAUUA